AUGGAUCUGAUAAUCAAAAACAACAAAGUUACUCUCAUACUUCGCACAUCUCUUACUUUUGAAACCGAGCACAUCCCGCUGGCACCCAUGUCUCAAUCAUCGUACUUUGAUCUCGAGACCGUGAGCUUCACUCCCCCACCACCUCCAACACACCCCCCCGAAGCUUCGGAAACACGACCAAAAAUUGCCGAUUCUUCAAACAUACAAACAUCCAUUACAACCGUCUCAAAUUCUCCAAGCAAACUCCCACGGGAGCCUUCUAUACCACAAUUUCCACUAUAUGAUCGUUUUCCUCAAGAAAUCAAAUGUGAGAUCAUGUACCAAGCCGCGCUUCAAAGCAAGCCACGUUUCAUACGAGUCGAUAUCCACAGCAGAUUACUAUCGCCCAAAACCAGACGACGCAGCGAUCGCAUCGACGCCUUCCUCCAAGCUGGCGGAAAGUGGAAAAUUCAGGAAGGAGACUUCGAAUACCUGACUAUCACCCGUGGAUGCGGAUGGCACUCUCGAGACCAGCUCAUGAUAGACCAAUUCUACUUCCGUCCCGAAAAAGACAUCCUGUUGUUCUCUGAAGAAGUUUUGGAGAACUACCAGAACAUCAAUAUAUAUCCUUCUGGAUGCGUGAAACGUUUAGCGAUAAACAUCCAGGAUCUCGAAAUGUUAUUGACUCUUUACAAGGGCCACAUUCAGCUAGACCCCCCUAAUCACUCCACUCUGUUUAUCGGUAAACUACGAAAUCUCGAGUACAUAUACGUACUUCCGCAUAGCGUUUCUCGCAACGCAACGUACAUUGAGUAUUACGUUCUUGCGGAUUCAGAUCUGCCCAGCACUUUUGAUAGGAAUAUUCUGCUCAUGUGGUGGGUUUCCUGGCUCAGUAAAGAGUCUGACAAAAUUGGCUGGAAUCCGCCGAAGAUUUCUUUCAAAGAAUUUCGCUGGGCAGGAUUGUCGGAAGAGUAG